UGUAUGUAAAUAGGGGGAUACAGUGAAUAUUCGAGAAGAGGUAGAGUGAAAAUUAAAGAGGAAUUAAGUUGAUCAAAGUUAAAAAGAUUUUGAGUGAAAUGUUCGGUAUAUGUACGAAAAAUAAUUGUUGAAGAAAAGAAUAGAAACGAUUAAUAUAAUGUUGACAUCCAUUUGGCACAAAGAGGCAGCUGCAAAUUGUCGAAGAAAUUUUAGUAUGAUCUAGCUUUUGAACAUAGCUUCUUGAAAAUCUGAUAUUUCGUUUGAUUCACUAAAAAUUAAACACUAUCUACUAAAUAUACUAGAUAUUAAUUGUAAAGACCAAUUUGCUUUUUCGCGCACGAGCUUCGUGUAUACUGUAAAUUACGAAAAAGAGUGUCAAGUCGGUGUAGGAAUGUGGCACUUCAAAAUGGCUGCCAGUUACUUUAGUAAUUUACGGCUGUAUCUUUCUUUGUUGUUGCUGAUGUAAUUACGACUAUAAAUUGGAAUACUACAGAAUUAAUUAUAAGGGAAAAUAGUGAAUUAAAAGUUGUACGUGCACGUUACUUUCGUCACAUGGGUUUUGUGGAAACGUGAGAAUAGAAUAUGCUCUAAACUCGUUCUCUCUCGAUUACUACUUCAGUUAAACUUAUUGCAAGAAAUUUUUUAGCCAAUGUCUUUUCGUCUAUGAAGAAACUGUGUGUUAUCAUUAUUUGUUUUACGUACAAAGGAUAUUCUGGAUCGAUCUUUCACGCAUCUAAUGAAUAGGUUAGAUUUUUGAUCGAUCUCAAUAUUAUAUAGAAAAGAUUAAAAAGAUAUCGAGAUUGCGUACGAAUCCGGUUUAUUUAAUGACGUAAAGUUCUAAAUGAAAUAAACACAAAGUUGCGAAUGUAGGGAUGAAGUAAUUUUAUACGACAAUUAAGAUUCGCGAUGCAACAAAGAACAUGUAUAUAUACGUCUAUAUAUAUGUCACAGCCGGAUUAAAGCUAGGUCUCAGAAGGCCUAGCAUGGGCCACUAUGAAUCCACCCGCAGUUAACAAAUCGAGCACUCGUGGCUCUGGAUACCAUCAGAAGGCUUUAGCUGAAAUUCGCAAUUCUUUGUUACCUUUUGCGAAUAUCGGAGGAACUGGAGAAGUAGGUUCUAGUGCUGCUAGUACCAUAUCUACUUUAUCCACAACUAGUGGCAUUAGUUCUGCCUCGGGACUUAGCGGCCUAUCUGCUGCUUCUGGUUCUACUUUAGACAAAUCCGAUCAACGUCAACUAAUAGCACAGUUAUUGAUCAUGGGCUACUCUGAGGAAAUUGCAUUACGAGCUUUAAAAUUAGCUGGCUGGCGUUUAGAUGCAGCCAUAGAAUUUUUGAAACAGGCUCAGGGAGAAUCUCUGAAUGGACUCGGUAAACUAAACAGCAAGUUGAUAAGAAAACCUAGUUUGGAAAGAGAACUGAGUCUGCAACGCGGCAGUCCAGCAUUGGACAGUGGAGCGGGAAGUUCACGAUCCGAUAGUCCACGUUUGACGGAGCUUAGCCCGCAUCCUCAGUUAAGUCGACAAUAUUCUCCGAGUAAUUUCGUCGACAGAGAACCACCUCCUCCUCCACCUCCUAGAUGUAGCUCGACGCCGCCACCGCCACCGCCACCUCAUGCUCCAUAUAAUCAACCAAAUGUACCUACUAAUAUGCAGCAAAUGCUGAAGCGUAUGUCUCCUGCUCCGGUUGUUCCUACUCGACCACCUCCUACCACACCUGGUAAUACCGGACCAAUUUCAACGUCUGUUAAUCUGCCACAAAGGGGUACGAGUCCAGUGGCUAGUUCAAACAAUAGUUCUAAUACUCGUCAACCUAUGAUUGUGCAAAAUGGUCCUCAAGUUCAACAACAACUAUCUCAACAAAUGCAGGCGCUCAGUAUUUAUCAAGCAAACAAUAACAGUGCUAAUACUCAAGUCGAGCCACCACCCCCGUAUCCUAUAGUUUCUUCUUCGUCGGCUGGUCCGGUGCAACCACCAUCUUAUAGCGCUUCUAUGCAAAACAGACAGAGUCCUACGCAAUCCCAGCAAGAUUAUCGCAAAAGUCCUUCUUCCGGAAUCUAUUCUGGUCCAACGUCGGCCGGUUCACCGAGUCCUAUUACCGUUUCCGCUGUAUCUCCCAGUACCCAAGCAUCCAUGGCCAGACCAACUCCGCUGCAAGCUUGGGGCGCGCGACAAGCGAAAACACAGCCGCCAAUAAUAAUGCAGUCUGUAAAGAGUACUCAAGUACAAAAACCCGUGUUGCAAACAGCAAUUGCGCCAACGUCACCGCAACCGAUCUCUACCACUAGCAACACACCUCCGCCUCCUCCGUCUUAUGCGUCUUCGAUUCAACAAAAGCAACAGCAACAACCACAACAACAACAACAAUCACAGCAACAACAGCAACAGCAACCGCAUCAACAACAGCAGCAGCAGCAACCUCACCAACAACAGCAGCAGCAGCAGCAACAGCAACAACAACAACCACCACCACCUGCUUAUCCGCCAGUAAAUAACGUUGGUGCAACUACCGCGAAUAACAUAAACGUGGGUGUUUCGGUAGGAGUACCUACUACGGAACCUCCGAGUUAUGCAACGACGAUGCAAGCAUUAGCGGCACAACGCGGUAUGCAUCAUCCUGUUCCUCCACCUCCGUACGGAACACCGAACACCGAAGAUUCGGGUGGAAUAUCUACGAUGGAGAACGGUACGUCUCUUAGAUCAUCUCCGGUCGCUCUUCACCCUCCGUUGCAAAGAAAAUAUUCGCCCGUAGAUGGUUGUCAACAUGCGGCGGAAACUCCACCUUUACCUCCGGUAGCAUCGACUUCUAUACAGACAAGAAACAAUAGUGGUAAUAAUAAUGGUGGUAACAACAACAACAACAACAAUAAUAAUAACAGCAAUAUCAACAUCAGUGGGAAUAACAAUAAUCACGGUAGUGGUAGUAAUAAUAGUAAUAAUAGUAAUAAUAAUAAUAACAGCAACAGUAGUAGUAGUAACAACAACAAUAACAACAACAACAGCAGUAGCAGCAACAAUAAUAACAACAAUCAUUCACCGGAUAACAAUGGCGCUAAAGGCGCUAAUUCGCCGUCGUCUUACAAGAUCAAACAUCAAUCACCGAUACCCGAACGCAAGCAUAUGAGUAAAGAAAAGGAGGAAGAGCGCAGAGACUGUAAAGUUCGUAAUUAUUCUCCUCAAGCGUUUAAAUUUUUUAUGGAACAACACGUAGAAAAUGUGUUAAAAUCUCAUAAGCAACGGCUGUACCGUCGACUUCAGCUGGAAACGGAAAUGGCUAAGAUAGGUCUUAGCGCAGAGGCUCAGUGUCAAAUGAGGAAAAUGUUAUCUCAAAAAGAAUCGAAUUAUAUCAGACUGAAACGAGCUAAAAUGGAUAAAUCGAUGUUCACAAAAAUUAAACCGAUCGGAGUCGGUGCUUUCGGAGAAGUAACGCUCGUAAGAAAGCUCGAUACUAAUCAGUUCUACGCGAUGAAAACUUUGAGAAAAGCGGAUGUAUUGAAUCGUAAUCAAGUCGCUCACGUUAAAGCCGAACGAGAUAUACUUGCAGAAGCCGAUAACGAAUGGGUAGUGAAGCUCUAUUAUUCCUUUCAAGAUAAGGACAAUUUGUAUUUCGUCAUGGAUUAUAUACCCGGUGGUGACUUGAUGUCCUUACUUAUCAAGUUUGGGAUAUUCAAGGAACCUUUGGCAAGAUUUUACAUCGCCGAACUCACCUGUGCCGUAGAAAGUGUUCAUAAGAUGGGUUUUAUUCAUAGGGAUAUUAAACCAGACAAUAUUUUAAUCGAUCGAGAUGGGCACAUCAAACUGACAGAUUUUGGGCUAUGCACAGGAUUCCGCUGGACCCACAAUUCAAAAUAUUAUCAACAAAACGGUCACGGGAAGCAAGAUUCGAUGGAUCCUGCGGAUGAUUGGAACAACGAAUGUCGUUGCAUACAAUUGAAACCUUUGGAACGUAGAAGGCAUAGGGAACAUCAAAGGUGUUUGGCACACUCGUUGGUUGGAACACCGAACUACAUCGCUCCGGAAGUUUUACAAAGGACAGGAUACACUCAAUUAUGCGAUUGGUGGAGCGUUGGUGUAAUUUUGUAUGAAAUGUUAGUUGGUUCUCCACCGUUUCUUGCUAACACUCCAGCCGAAACGCAAUACAAGGUUAUCAACUGGGAAACGACUCUGCACAUCCCGAAGCAAGCAAACCUAUCCGCGGAAGGUAUGGAUUUGAUAUUAAAGUUGUGCGUGGGCGCGGAUCGUCGGUUAGGUAAGAAUGCGGACGAAGUGAAAAGCCACCCGUUUUUUGCGAGCAUCGACUUCGAGAAAGGGUUGCGACGCCAAGUAGCUCCUCAUAUACCCCGGAUACAAUAUCCUACCGACACGAGUAACUUCGACCCCGUGGAUCCUGAUAAAUUACGGAAUUCCGAAUCUUCCGAUUCUAACAAGUCGGACGAACUAUUGGAUAAUGGAAAACCGUUUCAUGGCUUCUUUGAAUUCACUUUUAGACGAUUCUUUGACGACGGUGGUGGUCCCGCGUAUCCUAGUCGAAUAAGUUUGGACGAUAACGAUAAUCAAGGUCCCGUUUACGUAUGACGCUAGGUUUACAAGUUUUAUUCGCGUUAAAAUGGUUAACGCAGUGUUUCGCAUCCGAUCAGAAAAGUCUUUGUAAAUAUUGUUCAGAAUCGGAAAUAUUCGAUUUGCUCGAAAUCGAUGGCGAGAGUAGCGGUAGCGGUAACGGUAACGGUUAGGGUUACAUUAAUACGAAUCGGAAGAGAUUUCGUUAAAUCUUCGAUGAACGAUCGUACGCGUCGUACUAUGUUACGCGACUGAUAAAAAACGACGAUCACGCGGAAACCCUCGCGUUUGUUCCUUGAUUUCGAUGAAUCGUCGUAUCCGUUGUUUCGUAACUCGUUUCUCUUUAUUUUUCCCUAUUCUUUUUUCUUACUCGUUUCAUGAUGAGAAAUCGUUAGAAUCACUUCUUCGAAGAUCAGUUUUUUUUCCUGAUCGGUGAUCGACCGCUCGACGAUGCGAUGCUCGCCUAAUUCAAAUUCAUGGGCGCUCGUCGUCGCUGUAAUUUUAGACGCGGCACGAAUUAUUCGAAAUAUUUUCAAACCAUUAUGAUCUUUGCGAUUCCAUGAAAUAUAAAAAGAAAAGAAAAUAGUAAGCGUAACUUAAAGAAAGAAGAAACUGCGAAUGUAAUGGUCAAUCGAGAAAAAAGAAAGGAAGCGAUCGAUGACUAGGCAAUAUACGCUUUUAUACGUUUAUCGAAAAAAAAGAUAUCGUGCUUGCCAUUUUCAUUGGUAUUGGCUCUUGUGCCUAUUCGAAAAGCGUGUUCGUAUGUUUCAGCAAGUACUGUGAUAUUGCAGAUAAUUAGAAUAAUGUGACUUUUAAAUGUAUCGGCCUUAUUUAAUUCUUUUUCUUCUUUUUCUACUACUUCUUCUUUUUCUUCUUUUCCUAUUUCUUCUUCUUCUCUUCUUCUGUUUGUUUUUUUUCUACAUCGAAUGCUACGACGAGUAUAAAUAAUAAUUAUUAUCGUAUAGAUUCUUAAAUGGAUGUAAUGUGUUCAUUGUAAUAUUUUAUGCAGCUUUUAAUCGUCACUUUUUUCCUCUUUUUUUUAAUGCUUUAAUUUAAGAAGGGACGUUCGUUAAUUUACUGUCGCAUCGUACGUGUUUCGCGAAUAUUUUUCGUCUUUGCAGAUUAACUACACGUAAUUUAAUUCGUAUGUAAAAUCGAAACUAUCGAAAACUGUUUAUCGAAUGAAAAUUCCGUGGUGUAAGAUCCGAGCGAUUAAAAAUUACGAUCGCAUCGAAACAUCGUCGAUCGUUAAUCGUUACGUUCGAUGGAUCCAUACAUUUCGAAUUGAUGUUUUACAAGAUUUAAAUGCGUCGAAGAAACGAAGGAAACGAUUACGAUGUUUGCGACACGAAUCAACUUAUUUGCAACUUUCGUACGUUGCGCUAGAAACGAAUAAAACGCGUAAUAAUCGAUUGUACGACGUUCAACUAACGUUUUUAUUCAAUUAAGUGCCUAGUGCUCGAGUUACAUUCUUACACCGCGGUUAUUCGUCAAACGAGAUACGUCUAAAGCGAUAAAUUCUCAAGUGUCCUUAUUGAUUGUUCUUCUGCUUGUUAACCGAGCGUAUCGUCGCGUUAUAUUCGCGGCUACGCGCCACUAAUGAUAAACCGAUCUGUCCGUUUAAAACGAUACGAAAUAAUCGUUACGCUUUAUUAAUUAGUGAUUAUGAAAACACGUUAAUGUUACUCGUUUGUUAAAAACAAAAGGAACGGACGCUGCGCUGCGUUAUUGCAUCGAUGUAUGUAUCAUGUACAAAGUAAGAAUAAGUCGCUUUUUCGCGCGCGCACAUGCGCGUAUACACACAUACACACAUAUAUGCAGUGUUAAAAAAGCAUCGCAUUCGUUCAACGCCAUUUUUGAAAAUGUAAGACAAAAAUCUCGUAUCAUUUUUCAAUAUACUUUCGCUGCAAUUAAUUAUUGAAAUUGUAAUAAGGUAAUCAUCGUUAAACUACAGCCGGGGCCACCGCAGCGAUCUGCACUUAUGCAUUGCAUCGAAAAAUGGUAUUAGACAUUUUUUUCUUAGAUCUUCGUCCUCUAUUGAAUGAUGCUGAGCAAAUUCGAUGCUUAUUUAACACUCUGUAUACCUAUAUAUAUAUAGUAAAAGAAAGAAACGUUAUUCUUUGAUGACUAAUUGAAUUUACAAACGAUGAACUGGUAUCGGUAGACGUAGAAACGUAGAAAUGUAAAAACGAUGUACGAUAUCGAACAUCAUCUGGAAGAUACGUUAUUUAAAACUAAUUACAGCUUCUCUAAUUUUGUAAACGAUCGUCUUUUUCUUAUAUUCAAGAUGUUUUGAAAUUAGUUCAAAUAAUUACCAUUAAUUCGUAUGUUUAUCGCGCGUUGUACGUACCAAAGGAAAAAGUAAGUCUUUAUAUAGGAUGGAAGAAUUCGAUAGAAAAAUAUAACGACGAAUCUA